UUCUUCCAUGGCGCGAUGAAUGGAGGCCGGGGACUGGCGCUACCACGCCCCAACUCCCUCAAGGGGCUGCCGCGAAUUCCAUCGAGAGCGCGUGGAUUGGAGCUGAGCUCUUCCUUCCUUCGACGGGAUUCUUUGUCGCUGCAAAGCGUCCAGCUCGCGAGAUUGGCGAAAUGCCGCGGCCUGUGCUGCUCAAGAGCAGCGAUUGCGCUGGAAUUGCCCAAGGAAAUCGCGGUGACAUCGCUGAGGAUCACGCAGAGAGCGCUCACAAGUACGCUCGCGACGGUUGGAAAAUUCCCUUGUCCAGUACAAUGCGUGGCUGCUGCUGGGGUCAUAGCAUUUGCUCUUUGGGGACUCUUGCCUUCCAUCCAACUCAUUCGUCGCAAUAUCUUCCAGCGACGUGAAUGGGACAAGAGUCGAACGAAGUACAUACUUACGUCCUAUGUCAAGCCUGUGUUAUUGUGGGUUGCGAUCAUCGGAAUAUGCAGGGCUCUAGACCCCGUUGUUCUUUCGUCCGAGACAAGCCAAGUUGUCAAGGAAAGAUUCUUGAAUUUUCUACGAUCUCUUUCAACUGUCCUGACAUUUGCGUUUUGCACAGCGAGGAUGACUCAACAAAUUCAAAGGGUCAUGAUGGAUCGUCACAACAAUGAAGACUCUCGCAAUCUUGGAAUUCGUUUUAUUGGCAGUGCAGUGUCCACUUCGGUGUGGGUGGCGGCUGUCUGCUUGUUUAUGGAGCUCCUUGGUUUCUCGACUCAAAAAUGGCUGACGGCCGGUGGAUUCGGUACAGUGUUGCUGACUCUAGCAGGUCGAGAGAUUUUUACGAACUUUUUGUCCAGUGUUAUGAUCCAUGCUACCCGGCCGUUUGUUGAGUACGAGUGGAUACAAACUAAAAUCGAUGGGCAGGAAGUUUCUGGUACUGUCGAGCAUGUUGGCUGGUGGUCUCCUACAGUUAUCAGAGGCGAAGAUCGCGAAGCUGUGCAUAUACCCAACCACAAGUUCACGAUGAGCGUUGUCCGCAAUUUAAGUCAAAAAACUCAUUGGCGUGUUAAGACGUACAUUGGUCUCAGUCAUUUGGAUGCUAGCAAGAUCCACGUUAUCGUCGCAGACAUGAGAAAAGUUCUUUCCAAGCAUCCCCAAGUGGAGCACAGACGAUUGCAUCGAAGAGUGUUCUUUGACAACAUCGACCCGUCAAACCAGUCGCUUAUGAUCAUGAUUUCUUGCUUCGUAAAAACUUCCCACUACGAA